AUGGAGUCCAUGAUGGCCGAGGCCAUGAUGCGCGAGCACAUCCACGCCGAGAUGGAGCGCGCGGCGGCGACGGGCCAGGACGUCGUCCUCACGCCGCGGUCCUACGAGAUCGCCAUGUCCAUGCACCAGGAGCAGAUGAUGGACCAGGGCGUGGCGCCCAUGGAGCAGAUGGUGGCGCCCGCCGGGGCGACGCCGCGCCUCUCGCCGCGCGACCCGGCGAUCGUGAGCCCGGACAUGGCCGACCUCCCGAGCGACGUCGUCCGCCUGAACACGGACGGCUCCUUCGACAUCAGCCACCAGCCCCUCGUCGACUUCGACGCCGUCGCCGCGCCGCCCGCGCCCGUCAACGGCGCCGCGGCGGACGCCGCCGCGGACGCCGGCGCGGCGGCGCCCGUCGACGACGAGCCGGUCGUCCUCGACGACGAGCCGGUCGUCCUCGACGACGAGCCGGUCGUCCUCGACGACGAGCCGGUCGUCCUCGCCGACGCCGCGGCGCCGCCGGCCGUCGCGCUCGACGCGUCGCCGGCCUCGGAGCCAGACCGCGCGGACUUUGCGUCGCCGCCGCCGCCGGACCACUCGCCGCCGGCGAGCGUCGCGCCCGCGGACAGCGACCUGCAGUCGACGGCGAAGACGCUCGCGUCGCCGGGGUCGGACGCGAGCGAGCCGGCGGCCGCGCGCUUCGACGAGCCGGCGGAGCCGGCGGCCUCGGACGAGCCGCCGCCGGAGGAGGCGGCGGAGCCCGUGGAGGAGGAGACGGCCCACGUGCUCUUCGACGAGCCGCCGGCGGCGGUUGCGGCGACGCCCCCGCGGCGGCCCGCGGCGGACGAGGAGACGCCCGGCGCGAUCGACGACGAGGACCUGCCCGCGCCGACGGCCGCGCUCCGCGACGACGGCGCCGCGGCCGUGGCCAUGAAGGGCGCCACGCCGCGGCGCCGGCCGGGCACGCCGAAGCGCGCCGCGUCGCCCGCGGCGGAGGUCGUCGACGACGACGACGACGACGCCGCGCCGCCGGAACCGGAGGCGGCGAAGCCCGCGGAGGUCGACGAGGACUACGAGGCGGACUUCGACGGCCACGACGACGACCCGCUCCCGGGGGGCGAGGCCGACGAGCCGCCGCCCAUGCCCGAGCGCGAACAGGAGCCCGAGGGCCGCGCGAGCUUCGGCCUCGCGGCGCGGGACCCGGAGGCGGCCGCGGAGGAGGCGACGAUGGCGGCCUUCGGCGAGAACCCGGAGGAGGACGCGGCGAUGAUGGCGGCCAUCGGCGUCGACCCCGAGGACCGCGCCGCGCUCAUCGCGGCCGCGAACGCGGAGAUCGGCCGCGGCGAGCCCGAGGCCCGGGACGAGCCGGAGGAACCGGCGGCGGCGCUGCGCUGGGACGACGCGGCGGAGCCGCCGGCGGCGCUGCGCUGGGACGCGGCGCCC